AACGUGUGUAUCGAAUCGAAGCCAGCCAGCUAGCUCUCUGAAUGAUUAGUUUUGAGGAUGUAUUGAUCGUGAAGGAAACUUUACAUUGAAAUAAAUAUGAAUAGUUUGAUACGUUUGGUAUUUUUUAUUCUUCAAGUUUCACUCACAGUAUUAGCUGGACGUGAUUUCUAUAAAAUUCUGGGUGUCUCAAAAUCAGCGACAAAACACCAGAUUAAGAAAGCUUAUAGGAAAUUAGCAGUACAGUAUCAUCCUGAUAAAAAUCCGGAUGACCCUGAAGCUGACGAGAAAUUCAAAGAUUUAGGAGCAGCUUAUGAAGUCUUAUCUGAUGAUGAUAAACGAAAGCAGUAUGACAGGCAUGGAGAGGAGGGGUUAAAGGAUACCGGUAGUCAUGGAGAUCCAUUUUCAAGUUUUUUUGGUGAUUUUGGAUUUCCCUUUGGUGGACAGCAUCAUUCCCAUAAUGAUGAUAUUCCAAGGGGCGAUGAUGUGCACAUGGACCUUGAGGUGUCAUUAGAAGAAUUAUACUCUGGUAACUUUGUAGAGAUUAUAAGAUAUAGACCAGUACCGCAUACGUCACCAGGAACCAGGCGAUGCAAUUGUCGUCAAGAAAUGCGCACAAUGCAGUUAAGUCCUGGACGAUUUCAAAUGUCUCAGCAUGAAGUAUGCGAUGAAUGCCCAAAUGUUAAAUUGGUGAAUGAGGAAAAAAUUCUAGAGUUAGAAAUUGAGCCCGGUAUGGCAGAUGGACAUGAGUAUCCAUUCAUAGCAGAGGGGGAGCCUAAUAUUGAUGGGGAAGCUGGCGACCUCAAGUUCCAUAUUCAAGCCGCAAAGCAUCCUAGAUUUGAAAGAAAGGGCGAUGACCUUUACACAAACGUCACCAUAACUCUACAAGAUGCUCUGGUAGGAUUUGAAAUGGAAAUUACUCACUUAGAUGGACAUAAGGUUCAAAUUGUAAGAGAUAAAAUAACAUGGCCUGGAGCUCGUAUACGGAAGACAGGGGAAGGAAUGCCACAUUAUGACAAUAAUAAUAUUAAAGGAGUACUUUUCAUAACAUUUGAUGUCAAAUUUCCAAAAGGCGAAUUAUCAACAGAAGAAAAAGAAGAUUUUAAAAAGCUUUUAAAUCAAGAAUCAAUACAAACCAUAUACAAUGGCUUACAAGGAUAUUAAUGCAAGGCAGUCAGCUACGGGUUGUUUGUUUUAGGCCAGCAUGAUGAUGUUUAUGAUUUGACAAGUUUCAGCAGAAAGGACUCUUCUAUCAUGGAGCUGCAAGAUAUUUACAACUUCAUAGUCCUACUAAGAGAGUGACAAUGACAUUCCAAUAUGAUGUCAUGAUGGGGGUCAUAAACCUAGUGAUGUCAUCAGCUAUGUUGUUCAGGAUACGAUUGUGUAUGUUACACCACCAACAGGAAACUUGUGUUUCAAACAGGUUGUUUUCUUGCGUAAAUAUCAAAGAAAGUAUUUUUGCACAUUAUUAAUUUGUUUAUCAACCUAUUUUAAUCCAUGCAUAGAUUAGGACAUGAUUUUUAAAAUCUAUAAUUUACAAUAAUAUGCUGGCAUGCCUAAAACCUCUGUUCAUACUACCUGUUCCAUGUAUGGUCAUGAUGUUGUCAUAUCACACCCAAAUAUGGGCAAGUCACAUAAAACUUGACAGUGUGGAAUUUUUACUUUGAAGCAAAUAUGUAUUACUCAAGUGCCUUUGCAGGACCUUUCAGCCAAUAAGCCAGCCCUCAUUUCAACAACAAUGGAUAAAAUAUAUUGUAUUGAUAUUUUUGGAAAACCUUACAUGAAUUAUUAACUAAAUAUUUUAUUUAAUUAUAAAUAGACUUAUGUUAGGAGUAGGUUAAAUAUUAAUGAGACAUUGCUUGAGUUAAGUGUAUUAUGUUAUUUGUGGAUAGUUUUAAACUUUGGUGUUAACUGAAUUUGUUUUCCAGAAAUUGAAGAGGUUGCAAACAUAUUAUAUUAAUUAUCUAUGAAAGUGAGGAAAGUAUUCUCUUCAUUUCUAAACCUCAACCCACAUUCAAAGGUUUUUUUAUUCUAUUGUAUUAUUUCUGUAUUGUAUCUUUUGAUCAGUGAAUUUAAUUCUUUCAAAAAUUGGGACAAGCAUUCCAAUUGCUAAUAAAACAAAAGAAUUAACAUAA